AUGGCGGGCGCGGGGCCCCGGCCCCGGAGCUGGGCCCGGCGGGACAGGGCCUCCAGGGACGAGGCCGCAGCGGGGCCAUGUCGCUGCGCGCAGGGGAGGAGGGCGCCUGCCGCCCCCCGGAGGCCGGUGCCAGCCGCCUGGACGCCCUUCAUGGCGGCUGAGGAGGUGCACUGGCCUGUCCCUAUGAAGGCCAUCGGUGCUCAGAACCUGCUGACCAUGCCUGGGGGCGUGGCCAAGGCUGGCUACCUGCAUAAGAAGGGCGGCACCCAGCUGCAGCUGCUCAAAUGGCCCCUGAGAUUCGUUAUCAUCCACAAGCGCUGCAUCUACUACUUCAAGAGCAGCACAUCUGCCUCCCCCCAGGGCGCCUUCUCCCUCAGCGGGUACAACCGGGUGAUGCGGGCGGCUGAGGAGACCACAUCCAACAAUGUCUUCCCCUUCAAAAUCGUCCACAUCAGCAAGAAGCACCGCACGUGGUUCUUCUCUGCCUCCUCUGAGGACGAGCGCAAGAGCUGGAUGGCCUUGCUGCGCAGGGAGAUUGGCUACCUCCAUGAGAAGAAGGAGCUGCCCCCCGACACCAGCGACUCCAGCUCAGACACGGACAGCUUCUACGGUGCAAUAGAGCGGCCUGUGGACAUCAGCCUGUCUCCAUACCCCACGGACAAUGAGGACUAUGAGCAUGAAGAUGAGGACGACUCAUACUUGGAACCUGACUCCCCGGAGCCCCUGAAGCCCGAGGACGCCCUGACCCAUCCUCCGGCCUACCCUCCCCCCCCAGUGCCCACGCCCCGGAAGCCAGCCUUCGAUUUGCCGCGGGCCCACUCCUUCACCUCCAAAGGCCCAGGCCCCCUGCUGCCACCCCCCCCUCCUAAGCGAGGCCUCCCGGAGGCCAGCCUGGCUCCCCUGUGCCUGAGAGAGCCCACCCUCAGGGCGCCGGCCGCCUCCAGGAGGAUGAGCGACCCCCCACCCAGCAGCGCCCCCUCGGGGCCCAGCCCCCGCAGACCCCCUGGCUUCCGGGAGAGUCUGAGCUCCAGCCCAGAGCCCUGGACCCCCAGCCACGCGGCCAGUGCCAUGACCAGCGCCGCCGCCGCUGCCCGCACCUGUGACAAGCUCAAGUCUUUCCAUCUGUCUCCCCGGGGCCCGCCGACAGCCGAGCCCCCACCCGUGCCUGCAAACAAGCCCAAGUUCCUGAAGAUGGUGGAAGAGCUCCCCCAGAGGGAGGCGGCCAAGCCAGGGCUCUGGGUGCCCCCCGUGGCCCCUAGGCCCCCUGUGCUGAAGUUGCCCAUGCCUGAGGCCACAGCUGGACCUGCGGUGCUGCCCCGGCCAGAGAAGCCACCGAUCCCCCACCUCCAGCGAUCAUCCCCUGAUGGGCAAAGUUUCAGGAGUUUCUCCCUUGAAAAACCCUGGCAACCCACACAGGCCAGGACUAGCGGAGAGGAUUCGGAUGAGGACUACGAGAAGGUGCCGUUGCCCAACUCCGUCUUUGUCAACACUACAGAAUCCUGCGAAGUGGAAAGGUUGUUCAAAGCCACAAGUCCCCGGGGGGAGCCCCAGGACGGACUCUACUGCAUCCGCAACUCCUCCACCAAAUCCGGGAAGGUCCUGGUUGUGUGGGAUGAAUCUUCUAACAAAGUGAGGAACUAUCGAAUCUUUGAGAAGGACUCCAAGUUCUACCUGGAGGGCGAAGUCCUGUUCGUGAGUGUGGGCAGCAUGGUAGAGCACUAUCACACGCAUGUGCUUCCCAGCCACCAGGGCCUGCUGCUGCAGCACCCCUACGGCUACUCCGGGCCCAGGUGACACCUACCUGGCACUGCUGUGGGACCGAAGCAGCAGUUGGACCAGAGUGCCACGCCAUGCAGAUGGAGCUGGGCCUGUGGGGUGAGAUCCGAGGAGCAAGUCGCAUGCUGGAUGCUGGGCCUUCCCAACAGACAGCAGGCCCCACCCAGCGGGCUGGGGCUCCAGGCUGGACUUGGCCAUGGACUGCGUGGACUGGCCGACUGCCCUGAGCUAUUUCCUAGGAACCUGAGGCCCAGGACUGAACCCACCUGGGCUUUGGGGAGACAAGGUCUGGUCCCUACUACACACCUACCCUGCAGCAGACUGGGACCGGGCAGGACUGGGGCUGUUGGAUGGGGUACGGCUGGCCCCGGACCUUCCAGCAAUGCCAAGGCAUGGGCUCCAAGGGGGGCUGUUGCCUCCCAAUAAAUCAGGUGAUCUUCA